UCCCUCUCUGUCUCCGUCUACGGCAUGCAGGGACGUUAACGCCAAUUCACUCACGUAAACGCUACUUAGAAAAAGAUUUGUUAAUAUCUUAGUUAGUUUGCUGCGGACAAUAUCGCGUUUGUAGGUUUUUAGACGACUUUAAACGCGGAAUCUCGUGCACUUAAACGCCUGACAGCUGUUGCCAGGUUUGGCGGUCAAAACAAGCUCUUUAAGUUCAAGGGUAGUUCACGACAAUGCAGGUGCAGAGAGUCGUUCUUCACUCACGACCGGGCAAAAACGGGGCGCCAGUUCCUGAAAAUUUCCGUGUGGAGGAGGCGACUUUAGCGUCUGACCUGCAGGAUGGGGACGUGCUUGUUCGGACGCUCUACCUCUCAGUCGACCCUUACAUGCGAUGCAGGAUGAACGAAGACACCGGCGCUGACUACCUGACUCCGUGGCAGCUGGCCGAGUGUGUGGACGGUGGAGGCGUCGGCGUGGUGGAGUCCAGCCGCUGCAGCACUUUAACUCAAGGAGAUGUGGUCACGUCAUUUAACUGGCCUUGGCAGACCUGUGCUGUCAUGAAAGGAAGUGUUUUACAAAAGGUGGAUCCACAGUUGGCUGAUGGGCGCCUGUCCUACUUUUUGGGCGCCAUUGGUCUGACGGGUCUCACCGCGCUGCUGGGUGUGAGAGAGAAGGGCCACGUCAUCAAAGGGGCCAAGCAGACCAUGGUGGUGAGCGGAGCGGCCGGGGCCUGUGGCUGCAUAGCUGGGCAGAUUGGCAGGCUCGACGGGUGCGUGAGGGUGGUCGGAAUCUGUGGCUCUGAGGCGAAAUGCAAAGCUUUGGUGAAUGACCUUGGCUUCUCUGCUGCUAUCAACUAUCGGCAAGAGGACGUCUCCGGACAACUCAAGAAGUGUUGCCCCGAUGGCGUGGAUGUUUACUUUGACAAUGUCGGCGGUGCCAUCAGCGAUGCCGUAAUAGCACAGAUGAACAACAACGGCCACGUGAUCCUGUGUGGGCAGAUCUCUCAGUACAACAAGGAUGUGCCGUAUCCGCCGCCGCUAAGCAAGGAGACGCAGGAGAGCCUGCAAAGGAAAAGCAUCACCCGAGAGCGAUUUACAGUGCUCAGCUACAUGAGCAAAGCAGAUGCCGCCCUGUGUGAGCUCAGCCAGUGUGUUAAAUCAGGCCAAAUCAAGGUUCUGGAAACUGUGGUGAACGGCAUUGAAAAUUUGGGCGAGGCAUUUUGCUCCAUGAUGAGAGGCGGCAACAUCGGAAAGCAAAUUGUAAAAAUAUCAGAGUGACGACAAUCUCCUUUUUUGCUCACAGGCGCCUUGAGGAAAUGACCUUCUAGUUGCCUUUCUGUCACUACUGUUAAACUUUAUAGACUCUAACUAAUUGGAUGAUGCAAAUGAAAAAUCAAUGUUCCUACACUGAAAAAAAUAUAAUCAAUGCCAAUGCUGCAGCACUUAGGCUUGGAAUAGUUAAGGCCUGUUCCACAGUGAUGUGAAGGCAAACACCAAGAAUACAGUUUACUAUAAUGAACACUUUUAUUCCACAGCACUAAAAACCAUUAACAAAAUAAAAUUGUGGUUGCUUCCAA